UACGUAAUAUCCGGUUAUUCCUUUCCUUCUGCAACUCGCUUAAGCGGUGAAGCCAGACACACAGAAUCAUUUCUCUUCAACCUCCCUCGCUCCAAACGUCGUCGUCCUAAGAGAAGAAUGUCGUACGACUACCUCUUCAAGUACAUAAUCAUCGGAGAUACGGGUGUGGGGAAAUCGUGUUUGCUUUUGCAAUUCACUGACAAGAGGUUUCAGCCGGUGCACGAUCUCACUAUCGGAGUUGAAUUCGGUGCUCGGAUGGUUACUAUUGACGGCAGGCCGAUUAAGCUUCAAAUUUGGGACACUGCGGGACAGGAGUCCUUCAGAUCCAUCACGAGAUCAUAUUACAGAGGAGCAGCUGGAGCACUUCUGGUUUAUGACAUCACCAGGAGAGAGACAUUUAAUCAUCUCGCAAGCUGGCUGGAAGAUGCUCGACAACAUGCAAAUCCAAAUAUGACAAUCCUGCUUGUAGGGAAUAAAAGUGAUCUCGCUCACCGAAGAGCUGUGAGCAAAGAGGAGGGAGAGCAGUUCGCAAAAGAAAAUGGACUCCUUUUCCUGGAGGCAUCUGCAAGAACAGGACAAAAUGUUGAGGAGGCAUUCACUAAGACUGCUGCCAAGAUACUACAGAAGAUUCAGGAAGGUGUCUUUGAUGUAUCCAACGAGUCAUCGGGUAUCAAAGUUGGCUAUGGUAGAGCUCAGGGUCCAGCAGGUGGGAGAGAUGGAGCAGUUGCUCAAAGAGGUGGUUGCUGCAGUUGACUGUAGAUAUAUCCACGUAAAACUCUGGAUCUGCCCUCUGUCCAUAUAUAAUCGGCUUUGAUGGAUUUCAACUGUCGUUAAAUACAUAAAGGACUCUUCAUAGAAUUGUACAGUUCAAGAUAAUUAAAUGUUCGUGUGUAAAAUAGAGUUGGCUAUUGCUCAUGCUCACACUUAUGUUGUAUGUGACAUACGUUAUUGAUGUCAGUGUAAUUGUUUCUUUCAUUAUUCUUAUCA